UGUAACUUAUAGUGAGAGGUAAGUUAAGAGUAGAGUUCAACGCUUGUUAUGUUUAUAUAUAUGUUGUUCAGUACAGGUACUCAAAUAAAAAAUAUGUAAUUUGUAAAUUUCCAAUGAUGAAAAGUUGUUAUAGUGAUACGUAUAUUGGUUUAAUUCACUUUGUUAAAAGACAUUUCCAGUUAUGAACCUGUCUUUUGCUGGAUGUGGGUUCUUAGGUUUAUACCAUGUUGGUGUUGCUAGCUGCUUUAGAGAAUAUGCCCCACAGGUUUUGGUUGACAAGAUUGCUGGAGCAUCAGCAGGAUCAUUGGCAGCCUGCUGUUUAAUAUGCAACGUUCCUUUAGGUGAAAGUACAACAGAUAUAUUGAAAAUUGCUGUGAGAGCGAGGGCUCGUGCCCUGGGACCUUUUCACCCAGGAUUUGAUAUUAACACUAUUCUUCACGAUGGGUUGGUCAACAUGUUUCCUGAAGAUGCUCACCUUCGAUCUAAUGGUCGGCUCCAUGUCUCAGUGACCAGAGUGUCUGAUGGAGAAAAUGUGUUACUAACUCAGUUUGAUAGCAAAGAAGAUUUAAUCCAGGCUUUGUUAUGUAGCUGUUUCAUUCCAUUCUACACAGGAAUAUUGCCUCCAAAAUUUCAUGGAGUGGCUUACAUGGAUGGAGGGUUCAGUGACAACCUGCCUAUUUUGGAUGAGAACACCAUUACUGUGUCUCCUUUUAGUGGGGAGAGUGAUAUCUGUCCUCAGGACAGCAGCUUCAGCAUAAUGCAGAUAAGCCUAGCAAACACAAAGAUUGCUAUCACUCCCAGUAACUUGUAUCGAUUUACAAGGAUUCUCUUUCCUCCUCAUCCAGAAAUAUUAAGUAAGAUGUGCCAACAAGGAUUUGAUGAUGCAUUGAAGUUUCUACAAAGACAUAAUCUGAUAUCUUGUAUGAGAUGUCUAGAGGUACAGUCUAGUUUUACUGUGGCAGAAGCAGACUCCUCUACGGAGAAUGAUAGUAUAGAAAAUGAACCAGAACAUGCAUACGAUGGUUGUAUAGACUGCCGCUACCGUAAACAGAUGGCACUAGUGGACAGUGUACCCGAGUCUGUGGUGAAAGCCAUAGAGAAUGCUAGUGACCAAGUUAACAAAGGUGUGAUCAACUGGUUAUUUCGUCACCGGCCAGUCAAACUGUUGUCACUUCUGUCUCUUCCUUAUGUGCUACCUGUUGACAUUGUAAUUGUUAUAUUUUGCAAGCUAUGGCAGUUAAUGCCCACUUUGCAGAAGGAGCUACAAAAGAACUUGACAAAAGUAUUGAACACUUUGAAUUUAGUCAUUAAUAGGCUGAACAGCAAGAGACAUAUGUACAGUGCAAAGUUUUCUUGCCAGUUAGCUGUUACAGAAUAUGAUUACAAUAGGGAUGAAGAUACUUUAGCUUACCCUACUUGCCAACGGUCAUUGAAAUAUGACGAAAUCUUCUCAAGCAAGCUUGUAAGUGAUCUAGAACUAGGUCGUGUCAAGAGAAAGUCAUAUGCUGGUCUACAAGGUGACCCCUCACCUAUAAAGCAUCAGAGACGACGAUCCAUUGAAACUGACAUGUACAUCCCAGAAAGAGUAAUCAGCACUAUGAACUUGGGUUUCACAGUCAAUCUAGAAAGCACUAUUGAGACUUCCAAGAAUAAACAACAAGAUGUUAUGGAUGUACUUAAGUCUUUUGGUAGAGACCACAGUGAGUUAAACGCCAUUGAUAUUACAAACAAAGCUUUAAGCUGGGAUCUAAGUAAAUACCAAGGUAGUAUUGAUCCACAAAAUGCUGAUAACUUUGAGUGCAUUCUUGAAACCACCUCAAAACAUGAAGCUCUCAUGGCUUUCUAUUACAUGGAUGAGAAAAUGCAAGUAAAAGUGACUGAGAUUUUUAAUAUUUGUGACUCUACUGAUAAACCAGUGAAUGAAUAUGAUUCAGUAUGGAAGUAGUUUUAGGCAUGAAUAGUGUGAGAGUGACAGAAAGCUUAAAAUAACAUUCUUUGUCUCAGGAAGAUAACAAAUAGAAGGAAGUGAUUAUAAAAGGGGAAGUAUGAAAGUACAUGUCACUGCAUGAAAUGCAGGAGUUUGUACUGAUUCCAAAUUUAAUAUAAACAAAUUAGUUAUUCAGGGUAAUUUAUACAUUUUAUUUCCUAAAGAUAUUUGUGAUUAUGUACAUUUAUAUAUACUUUUUAAUUGAGAACUUUGUAAAAAUGUAGAAAUCUACAGAUUUUAUUGUCAUGCUAAGUU